AUGGCUCUUCCUCAGGGUCCAUUGACAUUCAGGGAUGUGGCCAUAGAAUUCUCUCUGGAGGAGUGGAAAUGCCUGGACCCUGUUCAGAGGACUUUAUACAGGGACGUGAUGUUGGAGAACUACAGGAACCUGGUCUCUAUGGAGGGGUCUCACUUUAUUGCCCAGGCUGGCCUUGAACUCCUGAGCUCAAACAAUGAAAUAGAUUUACUAUCACCUGUGGAAUUCCGUUAUGAAUGA